GGCUGUAAUGAUUGAUCUGGUAUUGUGUGAAAUCAAAGUGUACGAUUCAAAGGUUUCACUAAUUCCAGAUGACAUCGUAAAGGAAGAACUCGGCCCGCUAUCAAUUACGCUUCCAAAUCUUCUCAACACCAUCGACUUUUAUGAAGAAGGUGUUUAUGCAAACAAUUGCAGCCGAGAUUGGUGGUGUCCGUGGCCAAUAGAGCGUGUGGAUGUUCCACAACAGUCUAAUGAAGGCGAUUGUGGCAUGUUUGUGUUAAAGUACAUUGAGCUUUUCAGCGCUGAGCUUCCGUUAGCUACUUGCACCUCGCACAACAUGCCUUUUUUUCGGUUGAAAUUGGCUGCGGAGAUAACAAGGGGAGAUGCUUACUUCCCAUGAUAUUGGUUGAAGAUGACAAAUGGUACAUGAGAAGGUUUUGGGAAUGUCCA